AUGCGUUCAAUCCUCUUCCUAGGUAUCUGCUCAUGUUAUCUAUUAUUUAUGGAUAACUUCAUUGCGCCUUUCAUUAUAUCGCCUAAUCUUAAUUUACCACUGAAUAACUUUCCGUUAACGGUAUGUGCGAUCAAUCUUUUGGCAGCCAUACAAUUACCAGUUGCUUACGCUUGCGCAGCUACUCCACCAGUUGUAACUCCAACCCCACUUCAACCACCAACUCAAUCUCCUCCUGUUUGCUGUCAACCACUGCUGGUGUCACCAACAAAUAACACAAAUCUAUCGAAUGGCAUAAUGUCAUUCAUCUACAGCAGCAAUACCUGUCGCGCAUUAGCCAUUGCAACUUGCUCACAACCAACAGUAGCACCAGCGUUGCAAUUGAUGGCUGGUAUAACGGUGAAUCAACUGAAUUUUAUAAAUAUUCAACCAGCAACCGUAUCAAUACCAUUAGUUUGUAAUAAACUAAGACAGUGGGAAACUGGCGAACCUCCAUUAGUUAUUAACACAAUACAAUGUAUCCUCAGUGCUCCUUAA